AUGCAUACUGAUGCAUUCGAACUUAUUACAUUAAGAAUUUCGACUUGGACAUACCUUAUUGUUUUAUGCUUAUCAAUGCUUAUUAUUGUUCUAUUUACUUGUUUAAAUGAUCAAAUCCACUAUGGGUCUGUUGACGAUCCGUCAAUAGCCGACUUCGAAUAUUUAAAAGAAAAAUAUACAAAAUCAACUCAAUGUCCAUGCAGCGAAAUUGCUAUUCCACAUUAUUCGUUUAUAUCACUUUCUCCUCAUUUUCAUCCGGUGUGUACGAGUGACUUUGUAUCUGAUUUAUGGUUUAAGUCCAUAGCAGAUGCGGGUUGGCCUCAGCACAUAAACAAAGUUGAAGAUGUUUUUAUCAGUGGACAUAAAUACUUUAAAAGUCUUUCAAGUCUUUGUCAGCUUACGAAAACAACUGUAUUGGGCGCAUUAUCCAUUUUUAAUCAAUCGUCAUUAAUCACUGAUCAAACCUUGUCUAAUGCUGAAUUCACUGCUCAUACACGACACUCAUUCAAUCAAUUCGUAUUGAACACAGCAGCUGAAGUGAAGCAUAGCAUCGCACUUAUUCAGUCGCAAAUAUCGAUUACGUAUACAACGGGACAAAGCGAUGCCUUUUGGAAAUUGUCUUCUUGGCGUAAUCAUUCACAUUCAAUGUAUUUUCAAGCAAUAUCAAAGCAAUUUGGUAAUUGUUCAUGUGCACUUGACGACGAAUGUAAAUUAUCAAUGAUUUUAUAUAACUAUACUAAUUAUCUGGAUGUUAAUCCGCUCAGACCUAUACUUAAUAUUUCAAAUAUGUUUGUGGGUUGUUUUCCAAUUAAAGCUGUUUUUCAAUCAUCAUUGGAUUGUAUAUUUGAUCAAACAUGUUUGAAUCCUCUCGUUAAUCAAAUGAAGAAUAUUAGUGAGGUAGCACGCAAACUAAACAUAUCUACAUUAGAACGGAACUCGACUCGAUUUCCUCCUAAGACGCUUAUUCAAGAAAUAAUUAACGAAAUAAUGAUUGAGACGUGGAAUGAGAAAAUCGAUUAUAGUAAAUAUUAUACAUACUGUGCGCCAAAACAUUGUUCUUACUCUUAUCCAUCACGUAACAAUGCAGUCUAUGGGUUUAUUACAAUGAUUGGCUUGUUUGGUGGCCUUUCAGGCACUCUGAGAAUUAUUGUUCCAUUUCUCAUUCAUUGGAUACGAAACACAAAGUGUGCAAGAGGUCAAGUAAAUAAUAUGGCAGCACGUCACCGCUUCCUUGAUCUCUGUCGAUUAGUUAAAAAGAAGGCAAUUGAAUUAAAUGUUUUUGAAAGUGAAGUAUCAUGGAAUGAUCCUCAUCGUCGCCACCGAGAAAUUAUUUCAACUCGAAUCUAUAUUUUUCUUCUUACGUUCUCUGUUAUAAUUCUUGCUAUUUAUACUGGAAUUUCCACACGAAUACAAAUUGUCAAAGUGGAUUCUCCCUCUCAAUCAACUUUCGAACGACUUGCAUCUGAUUCAAAAUAUUCAUCUUCAUUGGAUUGUCCUUGUAAGAACAUUUCCGUUCCAUAUAGCACCUUCGCCUCGAUAUCCCUUCGUCAUCAUCAAGUUUGUUCAAGUGAUUUUGUUGUUCACAACUCAUUAUGGAUUAAACUUAUUUAUUGUGACUCAGAAUUAAUCGAUUACGGUUAUGACGAUUAUCGGUAUUUUAUCAUACCUCACUUUCGAUUGCUUUUUUUCUUAUGUACUCUAGCUAACGAUACAUUUACUAACGCUUUAUCUAUUUUUCGUUCGAAGACGUACAUUAGUAAACAAACAGAACCGUUUAACAUUGUCAAUACUCAAAUGAGGAAUGCUUUAGCUCAAUUUCAACUAUCGGUACCACGAACAUUUUUGCGUAGACUCGACCUCAUUCGAGAUGUGGCUCAUGGAAAUGGAUAUGUUUCUCGCAGCUCUUCUAACUGGUAUAUAGAACCAGUACAAACGAAUAAUUUUGGAACCAUGGCACCUAGAUCAUAUGGCAACAAAAAUUGUUCAUGUGGUAUCAAUGCUUCGUGCACAUCUCUCGCAACCAUUGAUAAAUGGAUUGUACCUGGAUUUCUUGUCGGAUGUUAUCCACUCGAAUCUCUUCUUCAAUCAACUCUUGAAUGUCUUUAUGAUCUUACAUGUAUUAACAGACUAAAGAAUAUCACGAAAUUUUCGAAUAUAACUUUUCGUCCUCUCGACCCGACUCUCUCAUCUCAUAAUGUUACUGUUCAAUCUCUUGUUGAUGUGCUUAUGAUUGAUCAAUGGGAAUCAAAUAUCACAUAUGAAAAUUAUUAUGCGGCAUGUUCAGCUCCCUCAUGUACUUACGUAAUCAUUGAGCAAGUCAAUCUAGUAUAUAUGAUCACUACUAUUUUUGGUCUUUAUGGUGGACUGACUAUUGCAUUCAAAGUUAUCGUUCCUAUCCUUAUGACAAUAGUGCAAUAUCUGAUCAUGCAUCGUCAACAGCGAAUUGAGCCAGGUGUCGAGGUGAUUCCUUAUCGCGAAUAA